GAACCGGAGUCGAAACGUCUCAGUCGUUUACUGUACGUGCUGCAUGUCCGGAGCGAGGACGGCGAUCAGAAGAAACGUUUCUGUAUCUUAUUUGGGAAGAAAAAAGAAAUGGGACCCGCCGUCGCUGUGUCGGGACAUGAAUGUCGGGCUGCUGUCGGGAGCGGGGACACCAUGUGCUGAGAUUUAUCUGCUCCGCUUAAUUUAAAAUUCAAAUCACUCAGGAUUUUUUUUUUUUUUUUUGCGGUGACUGAUUCGUCAUUUCUCGACUAUAUUACGACCAUCGAAAGUGCAGCUGUGACUUGACAUGUCGGAGCACAUGACUGCGGGAGAGGAGUAAAAAAUAAAAAAAGAAGUUCCCCGUCGGACCUAGAACACCUGACGCCUCCCUCCUCCCUCCUCCUCCGCCCGCCGCCGGCAUGACCCUCGGCACGGUGUCCGGCUCCGGCGGCUCGUCGGCGGGCAGCUUCUGCUCCUGCUGCGGGGCCAAGAUGGUACCCUGCUUCGGCGAGGACGCGGUGGUGUCCAAAAACGACAUCAACCAGCUUAUCAGUGAGAGUUUCCUCACAGUGAAAGGUGCAGCGCUGUUCCUUCCCAGGGGCAACAGCCCCACGCCCAACUCCACACCUCCGAUCAGCCAGCGUAGGAACAAGCACACAGGUGAUCUACAGAAACAUCUGCAGACCAUGUUCACUGUGCUGCGGCCGGAGGACACCAUCCGACUGGCCGUGCGCCUGGAGAGCGCCUACCCCCAGGUGACCCGCUACAUGGUGGUGGUCUCCACCAACGGCCGGCAGGACACGGAGGAGAGCAUCGUGCUCGGCAUGGACUUCGUCUCCUCUGAUAGCUGCUGUACGGUCGGUCUGGUUCUGCCUCUGUGGAGCGACACUCUGAUCCACCUGGAUGGAGACGGCGGCUUCAGUGUGUCGACGGUGAACAGGGUUCACGUCUUCAAACCCGUUUCCGUCCAGGCCAUGUGGUCCGCCCUCCAGUCGCUGCACAAAGCGUGCGACGUGGCUCGCUGCCACAACUACUACCCCGGCAGCCUCUUCCUCACCUGGAUCAGCUACUACCAGAGCAGGGUGUCCUCCAACCAGCUGUGUGUCAAUGAGUGGAACGCCAUGCAGGACGUGGAGUCGCACCGCCCAAACUCACCGGUCCCCUUCACAGACCUGCCCACAGAGAGGGUGUGCACAGAGCGGUUGAUCAAGACUCGCCUCCGAGAGAUCAUGAUGCAGAAAGACCUGGAGAACGUCACCUGCAAGGAGAUCCGAACGGAGCUGGAGAUGCACAUGGUUUGUAACCUGAGGGAGUUUAAAGAGUUCAUCGACAACGAGAUGAUCGUGAUCCUGGGACAGAUGGACAGUCCCACUGAGAUCUUCGAGCACGUCUAUCUGGGCUCCGAGUGGAACGCCUCUAAUCUGGAGGAGCUGCAGAACAGCGGAGUGGGAUACAUCCUGAACGUGACGAGGGAAAUAGACAACUUCUUCCCGGGGAUGUUUGAGUACCACAACAUCCGAGUGUACGACGAGGAGGCCACCAACCUGCUGGAGUACUGGAAUGAAACCUUCAAGUUCAUCACCAAAGCCAAGAAAGCCGGAGCCAAGUGUCUGGUACACUGUAAAAUGGGCGUGAGCCGCUCGGCGUCCACAGUGAUCGCCUACGCCAUGAAGGAGUACGGCUGGGACCUGGACACCGCCUUCGACCACGUGAAGGAGAAACGUGCCGUCACCAAACCGAACCCCUCGUUCAUGAAGCAGCUGGAGGAGUAUCAGGGCAUUCUGCUGGCCAGUAAACAACGGCAUAACAAGCUGUGGCGCUCCCACUCCGACGGCGACCUUUCGGAUCGCUCCGAGUCGAUGUGUAAACCUUCCUCGCGCUCCCUGGGCCGCUCGGACUCCCACAACAACAACACCUCCUCCUCCCCCUCCUUGCACCACUUCCUGGGCGUGGCCGUGCUGCAGGCGCUCGGCGCCACCGAACCCGAAGACUCCGCCGAAUCCAACGCCAACGGUCCGUGCGACUCGCCGGUUCGGCCGGAGGUCGAAUCAGAUUGUGGAGACCUCCUCCUGCUUCCCCUCCCUCUGCCCCAAGCCGCCACCGUCGUCCCGGAGGAGCGGCUGGACAAUUCGGCGAGCGUGGCCGUCACCGUGCCGGUCGCCGUGCCCCACCCGCCGCCGUCGCUCCACAUCGUACCUCCCACGCCUGAACUGCAACGCGUUCACCGCACUCCUCCCCCCACGCAUCUGUCCAUCUCGGUGCCCAAACACAAACAGGUGGGACAGUCGCUCAGUUUGCACGAGCGCAGCAGCUCCGAGGAAAUCUCCCCUCUCACUCUGGGAUCCACCGACUCGGACGUCGUAGAUUGGUCGUUGUCUGACAUGACGAGCGACAGGCUCAGCCCGCUCAGCUCUCCAAACGCCGGCCCGCUCCCGCAGGUCCUGCCGCUGGCCGCCAGUGACAACAACAACAACCCCAGCGAGCCGCAGACAGGCUACGGCCGUGGCGAGGCCGACGGGUCGUCCAACCACAGCACGGACAGCAUCGACUUCUUCAGCGCCCGGGAGAAGUUUCUGGGCCUGGCCCAGGACGGCAGAACUCGGACGCUCUCGGAACCCUCGGAGCAGCGGACACCGACCGACGAGGACGAGGGCGAUGAGCCGGUGAACGGGAGUCAGGCCUCUCCGCUCUCUGAAGACGGUGACGACAGAGCCAGCCCUGACCGAACUCCUCACCAUGACAACGGAAUAUCAGUUCGCCACAUUGUCACCGAGAUCGAAGCCAUAAGCCACCCUGUGUCGUGCCUUCCUCCCUCCACCUCCUCCUCGUCCCUCGCUCCGUCCUCCCACAGCUCGCAGCUCCUCCCACAGGAGCAUCAGGAGGAGGAGGAGGAGGAGGCAGAGUCAUGCGGCGAAGUCGCCCACGGCUCUUCUUCUUCUUCUACGUUGCCGCCCUCUCGCCCGCAGUCUCCCUCCGCGCUGCCGUUCGAGUGGCCGGCGGGCUCGGUGCGGCGGGCCACCGAGCAGCUGGAGCAGAAGCUGCGGCAGGAAAUGGAGACGGUGGCGCCGCCUCAACGUUCGCCGUUGCACUCGCCCGGCGCCGAACACCCUCCAUUCCGACUGCCGCCGUGCUCCCCGAGCGCUGAGCAUCCGCCCCUCCUCUCGCCUCCUCUCGCCACGGAACAAAGCCUCGCUCAGGGAGAAAUCACGCCUGAUUCCGCUCCGUCGAAAGACGAGAGCGGGGAGCGAACGGGUUCACAACACGAGCGUGAAAGACUCGACCCACCCUGCUCCCCUUGCACAGAUAACAGCCAGGUCUCAGAAAGCCAUAUGCUGACAUCAUCGCCUGCCUCGACUAGUCCGCUAGUAGAAUCAUCUCUAAAUACCUCAUCUCAGUCCCAGGGACCGAGUCACAGCCAAAGCCCUCAGGGUGCGACCCGGCCCCAGGCCCGUUCUGACCACAUCUCUGUGGAUGGCGUGACGCUGCAGGAGUCGGACACGGAAGAAACGCUUGAGUCGAGUUCCCGGGGCGUCCUAGGCGGCUGCGGCCCCGGCUGCGACGCACAGAGCAGGCUGGCUCGCGGCAGCCAGGAGCUCGAGAAGAUCCAGCAGACGCUGCGAGAGUUGCAGGCCUUCCUCCACGAGGGCGUCGCUGCGACUGAGACGACGGACGGGGAAACGCGGGAGCCAGAGCCGCCUCAGGGUCCUAGAGACGCCAUGGACACAGAGCCCGGACCUUGCAGAGCGCCGACUCCUCCUCCAGAGCCGGACGCAGGGCAGCGGCUCCGGGGCCGACGAGAGGAGAACAUUUUCCUGGAGCGGGGUCGGCACCGGGCCACGGAGCUGGAGGCUCGCAUCCGCCAGGCGGGCCUCACGCCGCCCUCUCUCAUGAAGCGCUCGGCUUCGCUGGCCAAACUGGACUGUCUGGAGCUGUCGGCCGACGACCUCAGCGACUUGGACCUGAGGCCGCACGUCAGGACGUCGUCGUCGUCAACGUCGCACUCCCACGACUCUUUCCCCACGUCCCCGAGUCACCACGACGACACCUGGAAGAAGCAGAAGGUGUUGGCUCGUGCCUCCUCCGCCGCAAAGACUAAUUCUCCCCAUGGCCUCUCCCCCGCUCCUCGCCGCUGUUCGCAGGAAGACGAGGAGGAGGAGGAGGAGGAGGAGGAGGCGGCGGGCGGGAGGGAGGAGCCCGAGGGCAUUGCGCUCACCGCGUCGUGUCAGCCGGGAAGGGGACACUCGUCAAGACGCUCCCGCAGAUCGUCCGCCGAGACAAAGCAGCGAGCCGUCACCGCGCUGUACAACACCAUGUGAACCUCGGUGCACCGGACACGACUGGACACGCGUGUGUGUGAGAGGCUGCAUGAUGUGUGUGUGUGUGUGUGUGUGUGUGUGUGUGAAUGCGUCAACUUGUGUGACCUCCGAUGUAUGUACAGUACGGUGUGCGAGAAUCUGUGUCGAACAUAUACCGUAUGUUUUGCAUGUUAACCACUGGAUGUGUUGUUCCGACUGGACUUCAGGUUUGUACGUAAGGUGAUGAAACAUGAAUGUCUGAACUCGUGCGUCCUGUUUGCACUUCCACGACAUCUCUGUCCAGAAGAAGCAGGGUUUUUUGGUUUUUUUGCUCAGUGUGUGACCCCUCGCCGCCUGUUCAGUCUCUAAAGCUACGACGACAGAGUGGGCGGGGCCGAGGGGCAUUUUCUCCAAACAUGCACUUUACUGUUUCAAUGAACUUCUUUUUUUUAUUAGUUUUCUUAUCCCGGGGGGGAGGAGGAGUGGGAUUCAUUUGCACUGGUCUCAGUCGACUCGUCUCCGUCGCGAGUCGUUCUUCAGAUUUUUAAUUGAACCAGGACGAAGCUGUUGUUGUUUAUCAUGUUUGUUUUUUUUGUUUGUUUUUUUUAUUCAGAGCUUUUGCAGUUAAAUAAAUAUGGUGAGUUUG